UGUUCUGAUUCCGUAGCGCAGCUUCCCGCAGCAGAAGGAAACACACUCAAGACGGAAAAGCUUCCAAAAAUGGCUGAAGUCGUUGAGCUCCAAAAACUGAAGUUGGCUGAGCUAAAGCAGGAGUGUUCACUGAGAGGGCUGGAGGUAAAAGGAAACAAAGGUGAUCUGAUUGCCCGGUUGCAGCAAUACCUAGAAGAACAUGAGGAAGAAGCAAAUGAAGAGGAGGAAGUAUUAGAGGAAUACACAGAGGAGCCUUCCCCGAAAGCUGAAGAACCAGUCGAAGAACAAUCAGUCGUUGCACCUGUAACGGAACCCAAGAAAAAUGUUGUCAAGAUCACACUUGCAUCAUCAGUUGAUGAGAGAUUGCAGAAAAGGGCAGAACGCUUUAAUCUGUCUCCAGGUGCAGACAACAAGAAGGCUGCACGAGCUGCAAGGUUUGGAUUGCCAGAAACACCAACAGCGUCCUCCAAAGGAACCUCUGCUGUUUCGAAAGCAAACGUUGAUGUUGAUAUCUUAAAGAAGAGAGCCGAGCGUUUUGGCAUGAAUGUCUCUUCUGUUGCUAAGAAGGUUGAAGAGGAUGAGAAGCUUAAGAAGAGGAAGGAGAGAUUUGGAAUUCUCACAAGUGCAGCCUCAGCUGGAGCUGAUGAUACAGAUGCAAAGAAGAGAAAACGAGCUGAGCGGUUUGGAAAUAUAUGAAGCGGAAUUUUUUGGUUGUUCUUUUGUUUUUUACUUUUUGUAUUUUUUUUAAUCUUUCACUCCUUGAGACAGUUCAGUCAGCCACUUGGUUUAUUUUAAGUUGUGUACAAUAAACAAGUUUCUCUAUA